CAUCGCUCCCUAGAGAGAGGUUCAUAAUGACUACUAUCAUUUGGUUGCGAGUAUGCCUUCACUAUUGCUAACCUGUGUAAGCUACCUCGUGUUGCCGAUCACCCUUGCUCGCUGAGGACAGACAUCCCUUUCUAGAUAUAUGUACCAGUCCCUGAUAAUCCCGUGGUCGCAAGAGCCAAAUGAAGCUGAACGACAAUAUCGCGAUGCUGGCCUUGUGAAGACCAAAGGCACAAUGUUCCUGCUUCCUCCCUCCACCGAUGUCUUACGCGAAUCCUUCAAUUCUCCCCCUCGACCCAAAACACGGAUGUCGUCAGGUGCAGUGGCUCUUUGUAAACAUUUCGAGCGCGGAGGUGCAUCUUCUGAGCACGGCCGACAUCAUCCUUUCUGGUCUCUGCCUGCUGGGAGCAACGAGAACAAAACAAAUACUGCGGGUCAGAUAUUGGAAUCCAUGUUGGCGCAGGCGGUCUGGAAAAACGUCAUGCUGCUGCACCACGGAGUGGCUGUGUAUGAAAUCAGAAAUGCCCUGGGGUUCGGUAUGAGGUGGACUUUGGAUCUCGAAGAGAAGCCAUCUACUGUACAGUUCGGCGAGGAAAAGGCCGAUCCGACAGAAGUCCAGGACGACCUGGACAAGGAUUGGAUCAUCAACUGGACCACCUUUCGGGGUUUCUUAGAACCUAUUGCUGGGAUGGAUCAUGAACUGCCCAGGAACGAAACCGGCUAACAGUCCGAGUUCGGAUUGAGUCCGUAGAGGCAGGCUCUCGAGCCUCAAGAUAGAGUCUUCCGGACAGCCGAAAGUCAUGACCGCUAUACCUGGGCCUGUAUUGGCUGACCACAGAGAAUGGUACCUGCAGUAAGGCUCCCAAGACAACAUCGACUUCCUCCGCGUUACUGGCACCUCAAGGUCAUCUUUUACGAGAAUGCCCGGGAUCUCGACCGCCGGAGACCUGGAUGAACGGAUUGCAUGCAGCAGUCUAGAUGCAAGAUUGGCACGUUGACUUACGGAGUGCCGCAACGGAGUCUUAUAAACUUAUAUAUACAUACCUGAACCCGAACUCGCC